AAUGUCUGCGGCAUACGUAACAUUCAAGAAGUAUGUUGCAAUGACAAGUUACCGCUCUGCCGCUUCUAGAAAAUCCAGCGAAAAAUUGAAAGCUAUGGAUAUGGGUGGAGGGGAGUUUAGAGGUGUAAGAAAUGAUGAACAAGCUAAUAGAGGUUCAUCUAGGCCUAGUUACGUUGGUGGUGGGCGGACCUCUAGUGAUUCACUUUUGAGAAAGGACGACAGGGAGGGAGGGAGGAAGAAAGAGAGAGAGAGUGAGGAGGAGGACAAGAAAGAGAGACAGAGUGACUGA